CAAUUGAACAGCACUACUACCGUGUUUUGUGUUUUGAUUUAUACUUUUUCGACGCUAUUAUUUCAACAAUGCAUGGGCCAACGUCCGUUUCCACACUAGCUGUUUGGGUCGCUGUACUUGGCUGCUGUACAAGCGUCGUGUCGGGCAUGAUGAGCAAAUCGCAAAAAACGCAAGCCGCUAACAAACUCAACUCGUUGGUAGGUCAUCUGGGAUGGGAUGCGAUGGAAGAAGUCAAGAUCUUAAUCAACAAACGCGGAGAUGUCGCGGGUCCCGUUUCGACAAUACGCCAAGCCGUGCGGUCCGAGCAGAGGGCGGUCAACGAAACCAACGUGCUGAAAAGACACAAGCAAAUCUGGACCGUGCUCACGUGCAAGUACGGCGAGAUUAUGUUCAAUUACAAAUGUCUGGUGAACCAUUACAUAGGGGUUUGCCAAAGCGAAGAACGCGAGUCGUUGGAAUCUUUUCGCAGGUAUUACGAUUGUGUGGAUUCGCUGUUGCUCAGACUGCACAACUUGGCGCCCAGUUUUAAGUGCAUGUGGGACGCAUUGAUGUACAUUUACUCGGUGGCUCCUCAGCCGAGUUCCACACAAAAGCGCAGUGUAAUGGAUGCCACGAGAAUAUUGGCCGAGUACACGGGCAGUGUAAGACCGACGACCUUGGUGAAGUUCACCCAACGAGGGCACCGAACCGCAUCAGGGGUCGAUCACGAAAUGACAACCAUCGGCGAACGCAUCUCGCAAGUAUACGACGACCAUGUACAAUCUUUUAUCCACCACCAGUGCGAAGUGCUGCCGGCCAACAGAAAAUGGACUGCAAACACUUUGGUGGAACAAUUCGAGCAAGCAAUAAACGCGCAGCUGAUACCGCAGGACACCACUAUGUUGCAGUAUGUACAAAACGAAAUGGACACUUACGUUGACGAGAGCAUGGGCAAAUGGUUCUAUAACUUGGGCUUUACCUACACCAGGGACGGAGUAAUCACAAUCGGCACUAAUUAUUAAAAUAUCAUUAACACCUCUGAAAUACCGAUUUGAAACAGUGUCAAAGUAGCAUUUUAUUUUACAACCUUUUACUUGUACACGUAGCCGAAAACCAUUUAAGUAAACAGUAAUAAUCACAAAAAAAAUGUUGUACAUCCCUAA